UAAGACAUCAGAUCUCCAACGCCGUACAAGAACCAAAGCAGAAGACACUGUACUUACUUUCUGCGCCACCUGACUUGAGUCUGAUUUCUGCAGGAUUCUUCUGGAUGGAGCCAGAUUGGGCAAGUUUACCCAAGCACGUUUUAGAUUCAGUUUUAGAGAAGUUAGUGUCACUAUUAGACUACUUGCGAUUCAGCAUUGUUUGUAAGUCAUGCAUCGUGGAUGACAAGGUCUUUGAUUUGCAAAUAAGUGUGCCAAACAAGCGAUAUUGUGGCUCUUCCUUUGGAUGGUUGAUAGCUGUUGAGAAGAAUUUUGCAAUAACCCUAAUCAAUCCGUUUCUUAGGGUUAAAGGUAGGAGGAAGAAAGAAAACUCAAUCAUUCGGCUUCCUUCAAUGCGGUUACCUCCAAGCAAUUUUGAGAGGCGUAGAUGGUCUAGACAAUGUAACCAUUAUGUUUUCAAGGCCACUAUGUCAGCAGACCCCAUAGCAGAUGCAGAGGAUUGCAUUGUGGUGGUCAUAUAUAGGGAAUUUUGUCAAAUGGCUUUCAUUAGGCUUGGUAAAGCCGCAACAUGGACUUAUAUUGAUACCGGUGUUGAUAGACUGGGGACCUUAAUUCAUGAAGUCACUAAUGUUGAAGAUAAAUUUUACGCUGUUGAUCAGAAGUUUCGGCUUUUAUCCUUUGGUGUCACUGCUGAGUCCAACCCAAAUGUAGAAGUUGUUGCAUGCAUGACCCGACCACCUGCUCUGAGCAAGAGAUAUCUCGUAUAUUCAAUUGAGAAAGAAUUAUUGAUGGUUAUUAGGUAUGUGGCAUAUGAUGGUGGAAAACGUUCGACGGUGGGAUUCUUGGUUUUCGAAUUGAAUUUUGACAAGCGUGAAUGGGUUGCCAAAGACAACUUAGGUGAUGAUGUUGCGCUCUUUGUGGGUGAUAGUUCUUCUGUAACUGUGCCGGCUUCAAAAUCAGGAUGUCUAUCAAAUUGCAUAUACUUUAUCCAUGAUAAUGAUGGUCAGGGCUAUGAUAUUGAUCGACGCUAUCAUUUAGAUUUUGGUGUUUACAAUGUCAAAAGUAAAAGCAUUUCACAACCUUACACCUCGCAUGCCAAGAGCCUCGUGGAAAUGACUGAUUAUGAACCAGUUUGGGUCAAACCAACUUUAAAUUUGUAACAAGAAAAGAAAAAAAG